UGCAGCGUGAACCCCACCCCCUGUGCAUGGGCAAGAGAGCCCCUCCCCUCACGUCCUACAUAACGGGCUGUCUCACGCGUGAGCGCGACGCACGGUGGAACGGGAGUAGGAGAGAGACUGUGAGAGAGAGAGAGAUAAGGAGAGAGAUAAGGAGAGAGGGAUACAAGAGAGAGAGGAGAGAGAGGAGAGAAAUCGCGAGCGAGCACGCCGAGCGGUGCAGAGGGACGGGAGAGAAAAGGGCGGGAAAACAAUUUAGCGCGAAAGGGAGAGAAAGCGGUGGAAGGGCUGCACGCUUUCUCUUAAUUUUGGCGGGAAAAUAUACGUUCCUCCACGACAAUUAAAUUGGUAAAAUUAAAUAAAUAUUUCCCCCCCAUCAACCUCCGCUAAAUUGAUACCAGUAGGUUGUGAGGCGAGGGGGAAAAAUUUUUUCGUGGAAAUUUGUAUCCGUGUGAAAAGUGCCACUAAAAAAGUGGGAAAAAAACCGCACAAAACGUGAGGUAAAAAAGCAAAUCUUUAAAAAAAUAAUAUUUUUAAAUUACAAAUAUUUAACAUAUAUAUUUUUUAAAAAGCACCAACAACCCACCGUCACCCCGCCAUCGCCUUACACUGCGCAUUGUACUACGCACCCAAAGCCGCCACCACCACCUCCAUCAUCACCAUCACCACCACCUCCAUCAUCAUCACCUCCACCAUCACCCGACUCAACCACUCACCGAGAGAGAAGGAGAGCGAGACAUGGCGGCGGCGGCUUCCUUCGGCAAAUUCACUCACGCCGUGGUGAGGGAGCUGCCCGCUUCGCUGGCUUCGGGCGCGCUGCGGCACCACGCGAGCGCCGAGGCGGCGGACCAGGAGGAGGGUGAAGCGGCGGUCGACAUGGCGAAGGCGUUGCGGCAGCACGGCGUCUACGUGGGCGCCCUGCGGCAGAAGCUCGGGCUCCAGGUGGUGGUCAUGCCGGCCGACGAGGCGCUGCCCGACUCCGUGUUCGUCGAGGAUGCGGCCGUGGUGUGUGGCGACACGGCCCUCCUCACGCGCCCCGGGGCACCGUCGCGGCGGCUAGAGGUGGAGGCCAUGAAGGGUGUUGUGGAGGAGCUGAAGAUGCGCAUCGUGGAGAUGACGGACGAGAGCGCGUGUCUUGACGGAGGAGAUGUCCUCUUCACUGGACGGGAGUUUUUUGUGGGUCUGUCCAAGCGCACCAAUCAGAGAGGAGCCGAAAUUCUGGCGGACACGUUCAGGGACUAUGCCGUGUCCACUGUGCCUGUGAGUGGAGCUCUGCACCUCAAGAGCUUCUGCAGCAUGGGGGGACCCGACCUGCUCGUCAUCGGCAGCAGCGAAAACGCACAGCGUGCGCUACGGACCAUGCAGCAGCUCACCGACCACCACUACGACAAACUCACCGUGCCGGACGACGGCGCCGCCAACUGCGUGUACGCGCGGCUCGGCAACAAGGGGCACGCGCUCUUGCACGCGUCCGCCGAGGACUUCCCCGAGUCUGCCAAGGCGUUUGAAAAGCUGAAGGAUUACUCCCUCAUCCCGGUGUCGAACUCGGAACUGGCGAAGGUGAACGGCGCUCUCACGUGCUGCUCUGUGCUGAUCAACAAGCGCCACCAACUGUGACGUCACCCCGCCUGCCCCCCUCCCUCCCCACCGAUCGCGGUCAACCACGCUCGCUCUCUAACGCACGCACGCACGCACGCGCACGAUUUUACACACACACGCAAUGUCACGCAUACACGCACGCAGUGUCCCGCGAACGAACGCGCGCGGUUCACGUAGUCUCACACGAGCACGGUGCUCUCGUGUGCUCGCACGCGUGCUGAUAACUGCACGCACGCAGGCACACAAUCAGCGCACGCUCCUUCACAUGCCCAAUGCUGGUCCCAAAUUGCCCCUAACCCCCCCUGAUGUCACAGCUGAUCACCAGGCACCAGCGCGAUGAAGGCUCAUUUAAGCACGAAGCAAACCACAACGGCCACUUUUAACCGACCAAGCAGCCUCCUGUGGCUCCGAUGGCGCUGAAGAUUCUACAACGUCGCGUGCCCCGCCUCGCUGGGGGGCUGGAGGAUAGGUGGAUAUAGGUGAAAGGUUAAAAUUUGUGAAUGUUUAUAGAACACGAUGGUUACGCCAUCAUGCACAAAUCCAGCAGUAGGGGGGGGGGGGGAGGGGUGUGGGUCUGAUAUGCAGCGUUGCACGACGGUGGAUCCCACAGUGUACCAUCACAAUACAUUGGCGUUUUAUUCGUCGGUGGUGUUGCCGGGGGGCAUCGUUCUGAUAUCGGCAGAAAUUUCUCAAAGACUCGGAAAACAUACCGCAGCCCAAAAUGCUUGCCGUGUGAGCCAACCAAUUUGAUCAGAUGCGCAAUACAUUGAGCUGGAUUUACAUAUCGAUUAUCAGUUGCAUUACACAGCUCCCAUCGGAUCACACAAUACGAGUUGGGGGAGCCAAGAAGUUCAAUAGAUUUCGCCUCUGCUCCAGUGUGUGCCGCUGGACGGGAACAUGAUGGGGGGGGGCGGGGCUUGGUGAUGUCAUCGGCAUCGUCAGCCCACCGUCACGCCGCGUGUGGCCUCCUGGGGGAGGGGUUUGGGGGGCGAAGUCUUUUAAAGGGAGCGCCGAGUAAUCGCCCACGAAAAAAAAUAGAUUUUAUAAUUCACAAUAAAAAAAAGUUUUUGGCCUAAUUAUGUGCGGUAACCCUCCACCACCCGAGACAGCCAGUAAGGUUUGCCACGUAAACAACGCGCGAGAGCCUACGUGUUAAGCCGAUUUAUAAUUCUUGUUAAAACUAAAAUUAACCGACCUUAAAUUGACCAAUCCCAGCUUUAGUGUAAAUACUCGUGUAGCAUCCAGAACAACUCCUGGCUGUCGCCCCGAUGAGGCUGGUUGUAAUUGCUGGCGAAACGUCACCGGUACUUGAAUUGUAAAUGUUGUCGAUUUGCUCUCCACCACACCGGUGUGCUACACCACCAGUAACGAAUUGGCACGUUUUGUUAACG